GUGGGCGGAGCCAAGAGGGAAAAUAACGCAAAGUGUCCCGGAAGAAUAUAGGAGCGUCUAGGAAAGAAGUCAGAGUGACAGGUAGAACAUCUAUUUUCGGGGAGAGCAAUGUAUCCAAACGUUCCAGGACAACCUGGUUACCCACCAAACCCAGCAUAUCCUCCUGGCAACAAUCCUGCAUAUCCUCCUGGUACAAUGCCUCCUGCCUACCCUCCUGGACAACCUGGGUAUCCUGUAGGUCAGCCUGUCUACCCCCCUGGGCAGCCUGUCUACCCCCCUGGGCAGCAUGUCUAUCCUCCAGGACACGUACCACAUCCUCACCAUCAGCCUGGCUACCCUCCACAUGUUGGACCUCACCCACCAGGAAUGCCAGGAUACCCGGUAAACCCCAUGAUGCCUGGAUACCCCAUGGAUAAGAAAAUGAGGAAAAAAAUGAAGAAGGCAAACAAACAUGCAUACAAGCAUGCACAUGGGAGGAGAUCUUCAUCAUCUUCCUCCAGCAGUGACUAGAAAAGAAGAAACCUUGCUUGUUGAAGAAGUCUAGGGAUAAUCCCCCCAAGUAGUAGCAUGAACAGUUUGUUUUGUAGCUAAAUAGCUUACAAUACAUACCCUAAACUGUUGUCAUCAAAGAUGAAUUCAAUCAUUCCUGCGGAGUUCUAAGCCAUUUACACUGCAAGAACAACACUAUGCAUUCCAGAUUUCUUUUUAACUUAACUUAAUUCCUUAACCUGCUUCCAAUAAUAAAGUUUUAAUUUUCUCUGUUGUCAGUCAUCUGUACACAGAUACAAA